AUGAAAAUAAACGAAAAGAAUUUGUGCGCUUAUGCCAUUUCGGCAACGCCAGUCGAUCGCGAGGGUUAUUUGAAUAAACGGGGCGAAGUGAACCGGAAUUUCCAACGCCGGUACUUCAUCCUGAAGGGGAACCUCCUCUUCUACUUUGACAAGAAAGGGGACAAGGAACCUGUCGGUGUGAUAAUACUGGAAGGCUGCACGAUUGAACUGGAAGAGGACGAUGAGCAGUUCACGUUCAAAAUCGUCUUCCACGGGGCUAACAACCGCAGCUACAUCCUGGGGGCCGAGUCCCAGGAGUCGAUGGAGCAGUGGAUGAAGGCCCUAGCGUGCGCGGGCUACGACUACAUGAAACUGAUGGUGGCCGAGCUGCAGCGACAGUUGGAUGACAUUGAAGAGACCCCCUUGCCUGUGGCGCAAGCCGUGAGUUCGCCGGUGCCCCCGCCGCGGCAGCGCCACAACCCCUUCAAUAAGCCGGAGGCGGCGCCCCACCAACGCUCGCACAGUCUGCGCUCCAGCACCAACUCGGUUCGGCUGGAAGAGCCCCAGGUGCCGGAGGCGGUUCCGGCGAGCAAGAUUACGAUUACGUUCCGGGAGCUGCAUAAUGCUUACGGGAGGCCCAUUCUGCGCGACUUCAACUUCUGGAAGAGCGAGCAGAGGGCGGUGUUGGAGAAGUCGCAGACUGUGGAUAACUUGAUAAGUUUUUGAGGGGUUGAGUGAAAGUGGGUGGCUAUACUCAUGGAGCGAUUUAUUAAUAAUACCUAAUUAUAUGUAUAUAAUUAUUUAUAAAGUUAUUAACAUUUUAUGUGUAUUUACUAUUUCAACUAAUGUCAAUAAAAUAUUUACAAAUUUA